GGUCCCUUAAAUUAACUGAAGAUUAUGUAGUUGCGGUUAAACACUUAAUAGAUAAUCCUGAAAUAAAAACCUACUUGGAAAUACAGGUAUUAGUAGCGCCUAUGGACUAUCCUAGACAACUUCAUAUACAGCGUGCCAUUGUACAUCACAUUAAAGCCAUAAGAUCUGGAAUACUAGAACAAAUUUUGCAUAUUGUUCCAAUGAUUGGGCCAUUGCAUGUAUCCUUAAAUAGUUGUGAAACUGUUUUUUUGUUAAAUUAUGAAUUUUUUGACUUACUCUUUCAUAAAAUAUUCGGAGAAAAUAAGGUUUUGGCAAAAAAGCCAAAACCUUAUAAGAUUAAUUUGCUUUUAGAAUUAGCGUCUCAGGGUUGGUCUUGA